UACGACAACCUAUAAUUGUAUCUAUUUUCUCAAUUACAGGUAUUCGAAAUAUCGGAAUCACAAUUAGACAGUUGAAUUUGGUAUAGGUUAAGGUUUCACGGACUUUACAUUUACUUUACAAAGUCUCUGGCGCUAUUUUAAAUAUUUCUUUAAUUACAUAUAAUUGGUCAUAACCAACAACAAUGUAUAGCACGAGACGCUGGACGUGAAAUGUUACGUCAUCGUCUACAUUGUUUUAUUUGGCUUGAUCAGACAAAGCUGAGUUUAUACAUUUUCUACUCUGGACGUAAUGCAUCUUUAUUCAUAUCAGACGUAUUGGCAUAAGAUCAAUCUAUAUUUAACUCUGUCUCUGAUUGGCAAGUAUAAUCGGAAAAUACGUAUAAUCUUUGGCACAAGCUUCCUAAUAAACUGUAAGGAAAGACAGUAACGAUUUUCAUACAGUUCGGACACGACUUCAUUUGAAUAACACAUUAGUAUAACGUUGGUGUCUCAUUAAAACUUGAUAAUCUUAUAAUGGCUCCAGUUAAUAUUCCAAAUUUGAACAAAUGGAAUCGUCCCCCAACUUCCAUUUAUGAAAACAACUACGGCUAUGGGAUAAACUAUUAUCAGCCAAUGAUAGACUACAUUGCAGCUAAAGAACAAGGAGUAGCUGCUAAGCCCCCAACUCUGCCUUGGAACAAUGAAAGAGGUUUGGAAAAAUACAGAUACGAUGGUCCCAUCAAAACCUACUCCGAAGCAGAUCUUUCAAGAAUUUCAAAGGAGGUUGCUGAGAAGGCGAAAAAAGAUCUUAAUAAUUUUAAUGUAACUAAAAGAUCGCCUUUUUCAGUAAUAGCAACUGCAGCUGCAACGAAUGUAUCUAAACACGUAGCUACUGAAAGUGUUGUCGUUAAAACCAAAAAGAAGAGAACUAAAUUAGAAAGACAAAACACAUACGUUACGGAUAAUGCUUUGCUUGAUAAGUCGUUCAGUGAAAGUGCAGUUGGGGCGAAAGUUAAAGGACAAUCAAAAGUUUAUAAGGGGAAAUCUGCUAAAGCUAUUGCUCAAACAUUGCUUAGUGAGGGUUUAAAUAAUGUUUCCGAAGUUCGACUGAAGAAUUUUAAUUUACGUUCAAAUUUUACCGAUAAUAAUGAUUAUACAAUACGAUCUAGACGAGUAGAAAAUGGCGAUUAUGAAGCCGAAUUGUCUCAAAUUACUAAAGCAAUCCAACUUGCCAAAAACCCACCGAAAGUGUGCGUCGUUAGAAUUGAGACGGAUAUACCGUCAAUAGAUGAAUCAUACCGUCAAAGACUAAUAGAGUUAAAGGAAACUAUAAAUCAAUUCGAAAAUAUUAACACAAGUUUUGUAAUGGACCGGAGGUAUAGGAUACUGAAAUGAUUGUUGAAUUUGUGGUAUCUUUUAGCUUUAAAUAAUUAGUAAUACGAUUGAUAAAUUGAUGUU